ACAAGUGCAGCUAACCUGGGCUGCUCCUCCCCAGCUCCAUUAACUCCUUGAUUUUCAAGCCAUCUCUUGAGGCUUUGGUUCUUUCUGGUUGCCUCUGUGCCAGCUGUGUGUGGGGAUCUCAAGGCUUCCUUGAGGAUGGAGGAAGCUCCAGAGUAGUGGGACCCAACAAUGACUCUGAAUAAUGUCACCAUGCGCCAGGGCACUGUGGGCAUGCAGCCACAGCAACAGCGCUGGAGCAUCCCAGCUGAUGGCAGGCAUCUGAUAGUCCAGAAAGAGCCCCACCAGUACAGCCAGUGCAACCAUUACUCUGCUGCCCCUGAGGACCACUGCCGCAGGAGCUGGUCCUCUGACUCUACGGACUCAGUCAUCUCCUCUGAGUCAGGGAACACCUACUACAGGGUAGUGCUCAUAGGGGAGCAGGGGGUUGGCAAGUCCACUCUGGCCAACAUCUUUGCGGGCGUGCAUGACAGCAUGGACAGCGACUGCGAGGUGCUGGAAGAAGAUACAUAUGAGCGAACACUGAUUGUUGAUGGGGAAAGUGCAACAAUUAUGCUCCUGGACAUGUGGGAAAAUAAGGGGGAGAAUGAGUGGCUCCAAGACCACUGCAUGCAAGUUGGUGAUGCCUACCUGAUUGUCUACUCCAUCACAGACCGAGCCAGCUUUGAGAAAGCAUCUGAGCUGCGAAUUCAGCUCCGCAGAGCCCGGCAGACAGAGGACAUUCCUAUAAUUUUGGUUGGCAACAAAAGUGACCUGGUGCGGUGCCGAGAAGUGUCUGUUUCAGAAGGGCGAGCCUGUGCUGUGGUGUUCGACUGCAAGUUCAUUGAGACCUCCGCAGCAGUCCAGCAUAACGUGAAGGAGCUGUUUGAGGGGAUUGUGCGGCAGGUCCGCCUUCGGCGAGACAGCAAGGAGAAGAACGAGAGGCGACUGGCCUACCAAAAAAGGAGGGAGAGCAUCCCCAGGAAAGCCAGGCGCUUCUGGGGAAAGAUUGUCGCCAAAAACAACAGGAACAUGGCCUUUAAGCUCAAGUCCAAAUCCUGCCAUGACCUCUCUGUGCUCUAGGCACCCAGAGUACCCAGAUAUCCUCCUGGUGGACAUCGUUGAUGGCCAUCAGGACUGAUAAUCUAUAUUAGAUUGGAUCCUUAAGUACUGUUAGAUGUGGCUUCUCCUAGUGCAUCUGGGAAUUAAUGUGUUAGUAUCAUGGGCAACAAAAUACAUGGGAUAUGAAAGUCUUUGUAAAGAUUCAAUAUUUAUUUACAGAAAAAGUCUGACCUUGCUACAUGAACACCCAAGACUCGUUAGAGGAUGUGUUUAGUGUUCACAUAUGUUUCCUCUCUCCUUUGGAGAGCAGAGGUUUGAAGCCCAGUAAAAAAUGCCUAGAACAAUAACAUUUCAUUAUUACAUUCCCCCCUCCUCCACUGUUCUGAUAGGUGAAUUUGAAGCCAAUGGUCAUAAACAAAUAUAGGAAUGUUUUAAAGUGUUUAUUCAAAGGAGGGAGAUUUUCUUUCUCUGUACCUUAUAUUCAUGGAGCUAGGACUGUAGAAUUGGGUUUAUCAUGAUCAUGACCAUUAUUGCUCCAUCAAGCUGUGAAAGAAAUGAUGGACCUUGCUGGAAACUAAAGCUUAGUAAACAAUUUUUGUUUCAUGCCCACAGCUGAGCAUCCAAAAAUUUAUAGAAUUGGGAACUGAUACAUGUACCAUUAUGGGUUCAAAAAUUGUAUCUUUACUUCUGUGUCUUAUAAUUUUUUAUUCGGGGGGAAAUUAUUUUAAUCAAAUUCUACUUAGUCAAACCACCAUUUAUGUUUCAUUAUUUUUAAAGUCAUCUGAAUUAUUGAUAACCUGGAGUGCAAAAUGCCAAAUUUUAAAAUAUAUCAAAGGUCUGAAUUUUUAUAGCACAAAACAUAAAUACUUCCAGUACUUUUAGUUGACCCUUGUAUGCCACAGCUUUGCUCUAUUUUUCGCUGUUUUGCAAAAUAAUAACCACUUUAACAUUUGAUAAAUCAUAUUUAUGACAUGUUUCUUAAUAAGAAAAAUGUCCAUUUUAGUACCAUUUUCUAUCUUUUUCAGAAUAUACAA